CCUCGUUGGUGCGUUUGCCAUGUUUGCGGAAGCUUGGUGAAAGCAGCUCGCUGGAGGCUGCUGACUGUUCUCUGUAUGUUUGCAGCUGUGCUUUAAUAAUCCAACAUGAAUCUACCGAAGGGACCGGAUUCUUUGUGCUUCGAUAAGGAUGUUUUUAUGAAGGAUGACUUCGACGUUGACCAGUUUGUGUCUGAGUGUCGGAAGCAGGUCCAGCUGGAGGAGAUGAGAGAGGACCUGGAGCUCUACUAUAAGCUGCUGAAGACGGCCAUGGUGGAGCUCAUCAAUAAGGACUAUGCAGACUUUGUUAACCUCUCCACUAACCUGGUGGGGAUGGACAAAGCUCUCAAUCAGCUUUCUGUGCCAUUGGGACAGCUACGAGAGGAGGUUAUGAGUCUGCGGUCUUGUGUGAGUGAGGUGAUUCAGGCUAUAGACAGCCAGCUGUCCAAACAGGAUGACCUGCAGAAAAAAAAGGUGUGUGUAUUGAGGCUGAUUCAGGUGGUGCGCUCAGUGGAGAAGAUUGAGAAGAUCCUCCACUCCCAGAACUCUAAGGAAUCCAGCUCUCUGGAAAUCAGCAGUCCCUUGUUAGCAGGUCAGAUCCUGGAGAGGAUUGCUACAGAAUUCAACCAGUUGCAGUUCCACGCUGUACAGAGCAAAGGCAUGCCCCUGCUGGACAAAGUUAGACCUCGUAUCGCAGGGAUCACCUCCAUGCUGCAGCAGUCUCUGGAGGGCCUGCUGAUAGAGGGCCUGCAAACAUCCAACGUGGACAUGGUGCGUCACUGCCUGAGGACAUAUGCCACCAUAGAUAAAACUCGAGAUGCUGAGGCCUUGGUAGGACAGGUGCUGGUCAAACCAUACAUGGACCAGGUGAUAGUAGAAGAGGUGGUGAAGUCCAGUCCAAAUGGUCUCCAGAUGAUGUACUCUAGACUGUUGGAGUUUGUUCCUCAUCACUGUAGACAGCUUCGAGAAGUGACUGGAGGAGCCAUAUCCAGUGACAAAGCUGACAUAGUUCCAGGUUAUGAUUUCCUGGUGAACUCUGUGUGGCCAGAGAUAAUCAAAGGGAUAGAGGAGAGGUUGGCCUACCUCUUCAACCCUGGAAACCCUGAUAUAUUCUAUGAGCGUUAUAGCGCGAGUAUGGACUUUGUGCGGAAGUUUGAGCGUCAGUGCAGCUCGCAGGCCAAUGUGAAGAGACUGAGAGUACACCCGUCGUAUAUCAGCUUCCACAACAAAUGGAACCUACCUGUCUACUUUCAACUACGGUACAAGGAAAUAGCAGGAAGUCUGGAGAACUCCAUAAGUGAUGGACUAGAGGCAGCUCCAGCUGGCAGUGCAUACCAUCUGCAGGUAUCUGAGGUGUUGUGGUCCUGCCUAGUGAGAUGUUGGUCAGACAAAAUCUACUUAUCACCUCUUGCCCAUCGCUUCUGGAAGCUUACGCUGCAGCUCUACGCACGAUACGCCAAGUUUCUUGAUGAGGUGUUGACUAAGACGCCACCCUCUGAGGUGACCAAAGAGCCAACCAGGCCUCUGCCAAGCUCAGCCUCGUCCACCUCCAGCCGAACAUCAAUGGAUGAGGGCGGCAGUGAGAGUGGGAGUCCUGCCUCCCUGUCUACCAAACAGCUGGUGUACAUUGCAGCUGACAUCCAAAAGCUGCAGGAACAGAUACCAGAGUUGGCAGAAAUGGUCCGACAGCGGUUAGAAGCCAUCGGAUUCAAAAACUUUGCUACUGUGGAAGAUGCACUAUUGGACUCUAAGGCUUGCCUUUCAAGUAGUAUUCCCACUCUGAAUACCAGGAUGACCCAGCAUCUGACUGAACGCUGUUGCCGCUUCCUGAAGAGUGCCUCUGAGGUUCCACGACUCUACCGCAGGACUAAUAAGGAUCUGCCAGUGCGUGCAUCAGCCUACAUGGACAACGCCUUACGCCCGUUACAUCAGUUGCUGACUGACUCAACGGGGUUGGUCACCCCCUCUACGGCACUAGAGUGGCUGCGAGUUGCACUGUCUGAUUGCACACAGAGGUACUAUGAGACCAUCUCAGAAGUUCUGAGCUCAGUGAGAAAGAUGGAGGAAAGUCUGAAGCGACUGAAGCAAGCCAGAAAAGGUGCAAGCACGACUACCACAGCCGGAACAAACGGUGGACCCACAGACGACAGCAAGAUCCGACUUCAGUUGGCACUGGAUGUGGAAUACCUGGGGGAACAGAUCCAGAAGAUGGGUCUGCAGCCAAGUGACAUCUCCAUGUUCUCUACUCUGAUGGACCUUGUGAAAGAGGCCAGAGAGCUUGCUGAACAGAACCAGUAAAAUGCUGACUCCAUAGUAGAAAGAAACCCAUUAAUGUACUGCACUCUUUCCUUGCAUUUCCUGAAGACUUCUGAAGGAAAAGAAAACAUUUGUCCCAGUCCAGGCCAAAGUCAUGGUCUGGUAACAGUUCAUGACGAUCAGACCAGGAAGAAUGUAGGACAAAAACUGACACUACUGAAAUCCCUUUUCAACCUUUUGUACAAAAACAUCUUUGUUUAAUGCAUUGUUAAGAGCCACGUUGCACGAACAUUUCAACAGCAGGAACCUGCUAGAGUUACUGUACAUCAAGAUGUUAAUUGUCAUUGGAAUUGGGAGAGAAACUACCGUCUGUGGGUGAGACCGAAUCAUCAUUGGUUCUACAAUGUGAUCAAAAGGGACUGAAUGGUACUUUAUUCAUGAAAUGUUUUUCACAGAAUGACUAAUGCCGGGUGAUAUAGAAAGAUCUUGUACUGAUCAUAAUUCGGGCCAGAAUGUGGGGUAAAACAAGUCUCAAAUCAAAGUGGUGAAGAGAGAAUGUCAAUCACACAAUAUUUGUCUAAUUUCUGCUACUUGGUGAAGGAUUAAUAUCAAAUAAGAUAUAUAUAUAUAUAUAUAAUAAGAAGUCUGUUAGUGUGUACAUGUACAUUUUUGUUAAGAACGAAGUGGCAUAAUAUAUGUUUAACAUAAUGUAACAUAACUUGGGAAUAAAAUAACUUUGUAUACAGUAUUGAAUUUGUGUAUUUAAAUAUAAAUAUAAUUAGCAUUGCAGUAUUUAGAUCCUUUACUACAGUAAAAGUAUAAUGCCACCACUGUAAAACGUACUGCUCCUUUUACAAGUAAAAGUACUGUAUUGAAAAUGUUACUUAAAGUAUGUAUGUAUAAUCAGAAAAAUGUACCUCAAGUAUUAAAAGUACCCAGGGCAGAAAAAUGUCCCCUAUGACUGUUAUACUACCAUUUAUAAUAACAUUAGAUUAUUUUUACUCAUGCAUUAAUAUAAAAGCAGGAUUUAUAAUAUCUAAAUCAAAGAAAACAACUAAAAUUUGGUAAUGAAUAUUUUGCCUCGAGCAAUUCAUAAAUUUAUUCACAUAUUUUCUAAUAUUUAUGAGUAAGGUGUAAUAUAAAGUAUAUACUACUACCACAGUGACCACAUUUUCACCAAGGCGUCACAGAUUCGGAGAUGGCUACAUAAAAACGAAAUACAAUAAACAGUGCUUUAAAUGUCUAUUCAACACUCGGUAUGAACGGUUAUUAGACAUGGAGUUUUUUUAAUUUGAGUAAUCUUUAAGUAAGUAAUCUGUUUAGUUGAAAAGUUAUUUCUGUAGUAUUUAAUGUUACUGCUACUAUUAUAUAUUAAUUUCAGUUUUUGUGAACAAGAAUAAGGGGCAACAUUUUGGAAAAAUUAUUACGUGAUGUAAAGGUUAUGUGUUUAACAACAGUUUAUGACAUGGUUCCAAAAAUAAAUUGUCUAAAUCAAUUUCCACACUGUCAGCAAUAAAUGUAGCAUAAUUCCUAACCAGAAAGUUUAUAAGAUGUGUCCUUAAUUGAUCCCUAGCGGGAGAAAUUCAAGAAUUUGAAUAAUAAUCUCUAGCAUUUAUCUGCAGUCCAAUUUUGUUAGCAUUUCUCUCCGGACCUGUUCAUAUUGAUACAAGACUCAUCUGAAGCAUUAAAAUGGUAAUAACUUUGUCUGAAAUCCUAAUGAAAAACAAUGACAUUUUAAUUAUACUGGGAAAAAAUGGUUUAUUACAGCAAUCACAAAUUGUAACAAAACAAAAAUAAACUCUUAGUUACAAUAUACAACGUCAUUAGUCAUUCAUCAUAGAGAAUUGUGGUUACUGUACCUACUCUACUGAAAAAUACUGUACAGAACUCUGCUAUAAUAAAUUUUACAGAAAAAAACAAUUAGAAGUUUUAACAGGCAGCUCGAAAACAACUCAGCUUAAAGUAACAGGUUUCAUAAGUACUGUUUUCAUAAAUCCGCAAGGUGGUGAAAGAUAACACUGUUGAAUAUUGAUAUAUCCUUCUUGAGUGAGGUUGUGCUUCAUUUCUUAUGUACUGCAUAUGGCCAUUAUUUCAGCUAAAAAACAAGGUUAUGAUCUAAAUGAGAUGUCUGUUGCGU